UACAGUGGGUAAAAGGUCCACAAGUGGAAACUAGAGAAGAGAAACACCAUAAAAAUAUAAAGCAACUGGAGGAACAGGAGUUUCUGAGAGAAAGAUACAAAGAGAUGGUUUCUGGAGCAGUGCUAAUGCGAGAAGCUGAAAGGGCUGGAGGAAACUGAGAAAGAAGAGGAAGCCAGCGGAAAACAAACCAGAAACAUUCACUACCGGUGAAAGAAGUUUCAACAAACUCAGCAGCAUUUUUAAGAUUCCCAGUGCCGUGCACACAUAUCUGGUACACAUACAAUAAUCACAGACACCACAGAAAAAAACAUAUCAGUUUGGGAAAAAAACUUCUGGAGGGUUCACAGAAUUAACAGAGCUGGUUGAAUGAUAUGAAACAUAUUUUGGAGACUGGAAGCUAUUAAUUUGGUUCCAUGUUAUUCCUGCAGUCACGUUAUUUGCUAUUCACCAUAUUUGAAUAGCCAUCAGGGAUUUGUGAAAAUGUCUGCGCAUCGCCAAAGUUUCAUGAAUUUUAACUCCAGUGAUCACCUGUCCAAAACUUCAUCCUGGGAAAUAUAUUUUUCAUUAUUUAUUAUUCAUUAUUUUUUUAUUUUAAACGUUUCAGCCAUCCAGUCAGGGAGCAGAAACAAUCCCAUGUGACCUAGGUGAUCCGUCAAACCCCCACGAAUAAUGAAUAGUAAAUAACUUGUGGACAACCCAUAGACUGAGAUUUAUUUGCACAGCCCCUCUGGUGAAUACAUGCACAUUGCAGAGUUGCUCAGGCACAGAAGAAAGGGCUGAAUUCACAGCCCAGGCCGUUUGCAAUGACCCAUCGUUCAGCCAGCCCUGUAUGUGGGCACACGAAUGGCAACACCAUGUUCCAAGCUGCCCAGGUUCUCUGUGGGGAUGAGAAACCCUAUAAAUGCACCGAGUGUGGGAAAGGCUUUGGGCAGGAGAAGAUCCUCCGAGAGCACCAGCGAAUCCACACAGGCGAGAGGCCGCACAAAUGCGCUCACUGCGGGAAAAGCUUCACCUGGAGCACCAGCCUGAUCAAGCACCAGCAGAUCCACACAGGCGGCAAGCUGCACGCCUGCACCGCGUGCGAGAAGAGCUUCCGGUGGCGGCACAGCCUCCUGCAGCACCAGUCGGUGCACACCGGCGAAAAGCCGCACACCUGCGCCCAGUGCGGCCGCAGCUUUGUGGAGAAGCAGGCGCUGAAGAAACACGAGAGCAUCCACACGGGGGAGAAGCCCUUCACCUGCAGCGAGUGCGGGAAGAGCUUCCGGCAGAAGGGCAACCUGGUGUCGCACGAGCGGAGCCACCUGGAGGAGAAGCCGCAUCGAUGCCCCGAGUGCGGGAAGUGCUUCCGGGAGCAGCGCUUCCUGGCCACCCACCAGCGCACCCACACCCAGGAGCGGCCCUACCAGUGCGCCCAGUGCCAGAAGCGCUUCAGUGCCAAGCAGGGGCUCCGCAUCCACCAGCGCCUGCACACCGGGGAGCGGCCCUUCCACUGCCCCCUGUGCGGGAGGAGCUUCACCGAGAGGAAGAACCUCAACAAGCACCAGCGGACGCACAGCGGGGAGACCCCCUACACCUGCGGGGAGUGCGGGAACAGCUACACCCAGAAGUACAGCCUGAAGGUGCACCAGCGAACCCACAGCGGGGAGACCUCCCACACCUGCAGCGAGUGUGGGGAGAGCUUCAAGCAAAGGAACCACCUGGUGAGCCACCAGCGGAGCCACAAAGCUGGGAGCCUCUACAUAUGCGCCGAGUGUGGGGAGAGCUACAGCCAGUGGGCGCAUCUCACCGCCCACGAGAGAAUCCACCCCCGGCAGAGCCAGCCCGCAUGCACUGAAUAUCGGUAACAGAGGCAACGUAUCUCAGAGCAGGCCAAGGAGCCACACGAGAGCCCACAUCCAUACACGAGUUAAGGGCCCCGGCAGCGCCCCAGGUGUCGAGCAUUAGCCAGAGCCAUUCUGAACCAGAAUGCUUCCCAGACAGGUAUCAGUACGUCUGGACCUCCCCGUGUUUCCCUGUCUCUCUAAGGACCCGAUCCAAUCAAUGGGAACCUUUCUGUUGACUUCAGUCGGGAUUGGGUCUCAGUUGUGUAGACUGGGUAGAACAUGCCAUAAACCAUUUUACAAACCAACUAGGUAACAGUGAUAAGCAUCAUGCAGCAUUUACGAGGUCUCUAGAUUCGCAGGUACUUGUAAACAUCAAUUAAUUAAUUGAGGCAGAAUCCUAGUCUAGGAUGCCGUGUAGGUCCGCCAGUUUGUAACACAGCCCGUAGGGGGCUGGGGAUCCAUUUGGAAAUUGUGUUCACGCCUUCCUGGGACAAUUCUAUUUCAGAAGAGCUCUGUCUAAAAUGUUUUCCUCUCGGGCAGGCAGGGCCAAAGAAACAGGCCACAGAGAAUGCUUCGCAGAGCCAAUCCUGCUCCCGUUGAAGUCCAUGGAGAAUUUGCAAUCGAGGCCUUUGUGUUUGCUGUCUGCGCACAAUGCACUUAGAGUAGAAAUUGCACACUUUAAAGGGAAGUGAUUCCAUUUCUAUGGCUGGAUCCCCUGGCGGCAAACAUAACAUCAGCACCUUCAGAAAAGGACAGUUGGUGAAAGAACUUCUGGGGGAUCCUGGCAAGGAUGGACCCAUGACAGGCAUCACUAACCUCCCUACUGGGUAUAGUUGAAGUCUUACAUUUAAAAAGCUAAUGCCCUCAAGGGACAGGCAGUUUGAGACGGGCAACAAACCCAAACGCACAAAAUACACCAUACAAAAACCACCAGCCACAACUAACAAAGAGAUUCCUCCAAUAACACAAUGUUGUUAAUGUAUGAUUGGCUCGCUCAUCAUGAGUGGAUGCUGGUAUUCCAGUGGGGAAGGAAGCACCCAGUCCCGCCUGUUUCAUGGAAGAGUUUGAAGGGGACUUGCUGAAUUUAGCUACCAAAGUUCACCCUUUCCACGAAGAGAAAUACCACAUGUAUGCACCACUUGCUGGA